GUACAGUCAUAGAGAGACAGUCUUGUAUUUCACUAACUAAACAACUUUAUUCAAUUGACAGCAAUGAACGCAGCGAUAGUAGGCGGAGAAGUAUUAGGGAAAGUAUUAUCAGAUAUUCUUCGAGAUAUCUCUGAUAAGAAAGACAAAGAAGAAACGCAAACUAUGAUUGAAGUAAAUCGGUUGAAGGAAAUGCAACAAAUGGAAAGACAACGGUUUUCAGACUUAUAUACAAUGGCCGGACAACAGAUCCACGACCAGAAAAAACAUAAUAAAAAAAUGUAUGACAACACCGUUGGAUUGGUUAAGUUGGUUGUGGACGGACAGUCAGACACGCGUCGGCUUAUGGCUAAUCAAUCGCAACAAUACAGCGACGCACUCAUACAGGUUGGCAAACAACACACACAAUCACUGGAACUGAUCCAAAUUGAUAAUACUGGAUGGAGACAAUUGCAUCUGGAUUAAUUGAAGUCACAACAACAUGACCAUAAUGAAAAUCGUCGGGUCAUUACCAGUACCAUACAGUUAAUGCAUGACGAUUCAAAGCACCAGGCUCAGUUGCAUCAGGCACAAUUGGCUGCCAUACGACAGGACCAUAGUGAACAAUUGGUACUAAACAAUGACACCCUAAAUGUCAUCAAACAGGAUCACAUCAAUCAAAUUAAGUUGCACCUGGAUACAUUGGAAGUCAUACAAAAUACUAACCAAACCAAUGCUGAUUUACAAAGAAACUCCCAACAAUUGAUGAGACAGGAGCACCUGGAUCAAUUGAAUUUAAUACAUAAUGAUCAUCAACGUGAAAAUCAGACAC